GUAUCUAACAGACAGGCCGUCUAAUCCCAUUCCAAUUUAGGACCCAAGGCCUCUACCACGUUCAAGCAGGGAGACAAUCGGAAAACCGGAGGAACCAUUAUGGAUGUAGAAACAGACGAGAAGGAACUCAAAGCCGCAGGGGCCGAGCCUUUGUCCGACGGCCGGCGCGGACUGCGCAUCCAUGGCUGGGAGAUCGAGUCUCGCAAGCGCUCUAUCCUCAACUCCUCUGAACACCAGCUGUGGGAACAGAAGCUUCAGACUUCUCACUUGCCAGAGAUGGUUUUUGGGAAGAGUUCCUUGGUUCUUAAACAUGUGAAUAGUGGCAUCAAAAUCCAUUUUAAUGCAUUUGAUGCUCUAAAUGGCUGGAAGCAGGAGGCGUUGCCACCAGUUGAAGUUCCUGCGGCAGCGAAAUGGAAAUUCAGAAGUAAACCCCUCCAGCAGGUGAUACUGGACUAUGACUAUACAUUCACAACGCCAUAUUGUGGAAGUGAAACAAUUGAGAUAUAUACAGAUUAUGGAAGAGGGGAAAUCUCUCAGCGAACAUGCAAUCUUCAUUGGGAGGACUGUGAGGAAAAAAUUGAUGUGGUUUCACUGGCAUCAAAAGAGCCUAUUCUCUUCUAUGAUGAGGUAGUCUUGUAUGAAGAUGAAUUGGCUGAUAAUGGAGUUUCUCUCUUAACUGUAAAAGUGAGAGUCAUGCCAAGCUGUUGGUUUCUUCUCCUUCGAUUUUGGCUUAGAGUUGAUGGAGUGCUGAUGAGACUAAGGGAUACUCGUAUGCAUUGUGUCUUCGAUGUUAGUGCAAAUCCCAUCCUCCUUCGAGAAAGCUGCUGGAGAGAAGCCACAUUCAAAACUUUAUCUGCUUGUAGGAGCUAUGAACUAGUAGGAACAUUUGUUUAUGUUUUAGAGGAACAACUAUCUGGUUCUUUUGCCUAAGUAAUCUUUCCAGAUAGGACACCCCUCUGAUCCUGCUGCCUAUAGUGAUCCAAGCAUCAUCAGCCAGAGGCUUCCCAUCAUCAAACACAAGACCCAAAAGCUUAAAGUUCCUGAUAAUUUGUAAGGUGAAAUUUGUCUCUUCAUAUACAAGGGCUCAAUUUUUUUUCUGUUGUGAUUGUGGAGAAUUGAAACAUCCUGUCUCAUGCAUUUUCGUGUUGCUCAUUCUCUCUUGUUUGAUAUUUUAUUAUUUUCACUGCAUAUACACAAACAUUAGCUUGAAGAAUCAUACUCAAUGUUCAUACUCUAACUUCAAUGAUGAAUUUGAAGAGAAGUAAAAGCAAUUGCAUACGAGUUGAUUAUGGUUA